AUGUUUACCAAACUGUUCACAUUCAUUACUUCUUUAAUUAUUACACAUUUCACAAUAUGGUCAAACCCUAUAGAUUCAUCAAUACGACCUUUAAAAUGGAAUGAUAUUAAUUUCUUAUCAACAACAGAUACUCAUGGAUGGUAUUCGGGUCAUAUAAAUCAAAAACAAUAUAACGCAAAUUGGGGAGAUUUUGUUUCGUUUGUUAUAAACAUGAGACAAUUAGCAGAUUCUCAAAAUCAAGAUUUAUUACUUAUUGAUAGUGGUGAUAAAAUAGAUGGAUCUGGAAUAUCAGAUGCUACAAAAAUACAUGGUUUGAAAUCAACUCCUAUUUUCGUUAAGCAAAGUUAUGAUAUUUUAACUAUUGGGAACCAUGAAUUAUAUUUAUGGGAAAGUUCAAAACAGGAAUAUGAAGCUGUUGAAAAAUACUUUCCUCAUAAUUAUAUAAGUUCGAAUGUUGAAUUUAAAUUAGAUAAUGGAACUUUUGUACCUUUUGGAUCUAAAUAUCGAUAUUUUACAACCAAGAAUCAAAAGAAAAAAGUACUUGCAUUUGGAUUUUUAUUUGAUUUUAAAAGAUUUAACGAAGGUACUAAAGUAACUCCAAUAAAAGAAGAAGUUGAAAAAAAAUGGUUUAAAAAUGUGCUUAAAAAGUACGAGGGCAAAGUUGAUUUAAUUGUAAUUGCUGGUCAUACACCAAUAGCACAUGGAUGGCCUGAAUUUUAUCAUUUACAUAGUCAUUUACGUGAAUACUAUCCAGAUACAAUAAUACAAUAUUUUGGAGGUCAUAGUCAUAUUCGAGAUUUUGCAGUUUUUGAUAAUAAAUCUACUGGAAUUCAAAGUGGAAGAUAUUGUGAAACUGUUGGAUGGGUAAGUAUUGAUUUAGAUGAAAAACAAUUAGAAACAAAAGACAGAUUUUCAAGAUCAUAUAUAGAUUUUAAUUUGGAUUCAUUUCACACACAUUCUAAAAAGGUAAAAUCAUUUGAUACUGAGAAAGGAUUGGCGGUUACAAAACUUGUUGCUAAGACCAGAAAAGAAUUGAAAUUAAAUACUCAAAUUGGAACAGUCAAUACAAAUUAUUAUGUCGACUACGUACCGAUAGAUCACCCGAAAAAUAUAUUCAAUUUAAUCACCACGAACGUUUUAAAUGAUUUGCCUGGUUCAGGAGAAAGAAUCAUUCUCAUCAACACAGGGUCAAUAAGGUAUGAUUUAUAUAAAGGUCCUUAUACAAUUGAUUCACAAUAUAUUGUAUCACCAUUUGAAAAUAAAUGGGUAAAUUUAACAAUCCCAAAAUCAGUUGCUUCAAAAGUGGCUGAGAAAUUAAAUGAUGCUAGUUAUAUCACUACAAUAAGAUUAAAACCACCACAUCAUUACUUGAAAAAAGAAAUAGUAUCUUCUGAAUUAAUAGCCACAGAAGUUACCAAAAAAUUAUCAAAAGGUUAUGUUACUCAUGAUGAUUUUGGUUCUGAUGGUGAUGAUACUCCACAUAGAGCAGUUAUAAAUUUUGAUAUACCCAACGUAGUCCAAAGUGUUCAAUUUGAAAAUGAAGAAGAAUCAUAUGUUGACCUUGUAUUUUAUGAUUUUAUAACUCCAAAUAUAAAAUGGGCAUUAAAUGAAUUAAAUUACGAAAUCAAAGAUGAUGUUAAACCAACUGAAUAUUCAAACAUAUAUUUAGGUUGUGGUAUUAUUGGUGAUCCAUUUAUUAUUAUUGCUGAAUCUCGUUUUAAUUGUGAUCCAAAUUGUGUUGCAUAUGUUUCUACAUUUGUAAAUGAUGAACUUGCUGAAUUAUAUUGUGCAUCUAAUGAUGUAAAGAAAUUUUUUAGAAAUGGUUCAAUUGGUUGUGCUUUUGGGAAAUUGUUAGAACAUAUUAUUGAUGAUGAUGAAAUGUUAUAG